AAACAUGUUAUUACUAUACUAAUUAAGAUUUGGGAUACUCGAGUAUUUGUUUACCCUAUAUAUAGGUUUUUAAGGUCUACUUCGAAUUUUUGAACCUCUUAGGCUAAUGACGGAAAUCUUAAAGCCGCAGGGCGUCUUGUUGUGUAUAUCUUCGAUUUCUUAGAGUGUAUUUUUAGUACAUCUAACAAGAGCGCAAGCGUUAAACUGCCAUUCAUGUACAGUUUUAAUGUUUUUAAGUUUUGAAUAUUAAAUGUAUGUUUUGCUCUAAGAUUUGGAAAUAAUGACUGUGUGAUAUAAAUCUAGAAUGUCUCAGCAAAGGAGCAUAGCGAUAAUUGGCUGUGGACCAUGCGGGAUGUCGAUGCUAUCUGCUUUUCGCCAGGCUGAAAUAAACGGUGAAACAAUACCUCAUAUCUUUUGCUUUGAAAAACAAAAUGCCAUAAGUGGUUUAUGGAAUUAUAACUGGAAGCAUGGUUUAGACGAGUUUGGUGAGUAUGUCCAUAACAGCAUGUAUCGCACGUUGUGGUCAAACGCGCCAAAAGAAUGCUUGGGAAUGGCGGACUAUUCAUUUGAAGAGCAUUUUAAAAAAGAAAUACCAUCUUAUCCUCCAAGAGCUGUAUUGCAAGAUUAUAUACUUGGUAAAGCGAAGAAACACAAUAUUUCCAAAUUUGUCAAAUUGAACACUGUCGUCAGAUCUGUAAAGGAGAAAGAAGAUAAGUUUAUGCUGACAUACGAGGAUUUAGUAAACAGAAAUGUUGCAGAGGAAAAAUUUGAUCACGUCAUUGUGGCUACUGGUCAUUUCUCAAUACCACAUAUACCAAGUUAUCCUGGAGUUGAGCAAUUUCCUGGUAGAGUUCUCCAUAGUCAUGAUUUCAGAAAUGCAGAAGAGUUUAAAGAUCAAACCAUUGUUUUGCUUGGGUCCAGUUUCUCUGCAGAGGAUAUUGCUUUGCAAUGUUACAAAUAUGGAGCUAAAGAAUGCAUAAUAUCAUACAGAGCAAAACCAAUGGGUUUUCAGUGGCCUGAGGGAAUAAAAGAAGUUCCACAACUGCAACAAAUUAAGGGGAAUACCUUUUACUUCGCCGACGGUAGCCAUGCCAGUGCCGAAUGUUUGAUUAUGUGCACAGGAUACUAACAUUCUUAUCCUUAAGUGAAAAUAUCAAGUUGUCUACCACCAAUCGCCUUAUUUGAGAACAAUCACAAAGUGAUAUAUCUCGGAGCGCAAAAUCAGUACUACACUUUCCCAAUGUUUGAUGCUCAAGCUUUGUUUG